AUGAGAAACAUUGAACGGUGUGAUCGGUGUUGUUCACCAUGUCACAGUUGUCAACCAUUAUCUGUUGCUUUAAUAAAACCUUGCAGUCGUGAUAGAUGCGAUAUAUCAGUUUCGCGUGAAGAUAAUUUUGCAUCAAUGCAGAAUCAUCACGACCAUUCAAUAAAAUCAUGCGGUUGCGAUAUGUGCAGUAUACCAGAUUGCUGUGAGCGCGAUUUUGCAUCAGUUCAGAAUCAUCAUGGUCAUGCAAAAAAUCGAAGAUUUGUACAAGAAUGCUUCAGUGAUUUUCGUCCUAUUGCUUAUUACAAUUCAUACAGGUUGGCACCACGACUAAUGGCAAUGGCAGGAUGGGCACCAGCGCCACCACAGCUACGAAUGGCAAUGAUACCAUGGAGACCAUUAUCACUUCAUCAUGGUUUAGGAGAUGGAUUGUUUGGAAAUUGCGGCGCGAUAAAAAUACAAGAACAACGAUGCCGACCUUGCCGCUGUGUCCCAAUAUGUGUUCAUCGACCAGCGAAAAUUGUUAUACCAUUAACAAUACGAUCACGACCUAGAUCUUGUCAUGAUCUUCGAGUGGAUCAUCGAGAUGACAACCGCGUUGAUGUAAAUUCACAUUACCAUAUUAAUGUUAACUGCAAUCAUACGAGAACAGCAUCACCACUACCACCGCCACCACCACCGCCGCAGCAACCACUACCACUGCCACCUCGGCCAUGUACACCCGAUACUGGAACAUGUGUAUCUAUGUCUACUAUAGAAAAACCAUCUCAACGACCUUCAACCAUCUCAGGGGAAAAAGGCGGAUUCAGGAUUCCCAGGAUUCCAAUGGGAUUCUCGGGAUUCUCGUGGGAUUCUGGGAAUCCAAGAAUCCCAUGGAUUCCAGGAAUUUUUAUAAUAACAAAUGGCAUUCCAGAAAUUCAUAUUUAA